CGCCACCAUCACCGCUACUCGCGCGCGCUCAUCACCUUCUCCGCAAUCACCUCACUUUCUGUUUCGUCGCCGCCGCCGCCGUUAAAACCGUCCCGUCGAUUCCUCAAACCGCACGCCGGUCAGUUCCUCCAAUAGGGAACAAUUAUAAUUAUAAUAAUCUACCGCGGUAUUCCUGUGUUCGUCGGCAAACGACGCGGACUCAACCCCGUGCUGCGGCGUCCACUCCGGUUUCCGGUAACCCCCGAGCAGCGGUCCACGUCCGGUAACUAUACUGGGUAAACGCGUUCACUACUGGUUCUCCACAGGCUUACCGCAAUCGGUCGGUCUCCCACCCCUCGCCUAGAACCACAUAAUAUCCGUUGCCGCCGCCGCCUCCGUUUCGUCAUCAGAGACCCACACCAAAAGCACGACCGUCACCAACAACACCUCCUCUUACACCGUCACCACAACAAGGACACGCACAAGGUCCGGUUCACAAAGGUCUACACGAGUUGGUUUUAAUAACUAGUCGAAAAAGGACUCCGGGCCAACGACGAGCAGACAAAUACAAGUGCAGCGACAGAGGAGAGGUUGAUCUCUGCGGUGGAAACCGCACUUAAUGGACUUGGAUCGAAAAUCGACAGUGUAAUGUUCCAACUAAGCAACUCGUAUAAUCAAGGAUUACAGGGAUUUCAACAAAAGGACCAAAUGGACUCCAAGUCAAAAGAUGACUCCAAUAUCAACCUCACCAUCCGGCUUAUCAUGCAAGGAAAAGAAGUCGGCAGCAUUAUCGGAAAAAAAGGCGAAAUCGUCAAACGGUUCAGAGAAGAGUCCGGAGCCAAAAUCAAUAUUUCCGACGGCUCUUGUCCCGAGAGAAUAGUGACGAUAACGGGAACCACCGAAGCCAUAUACAAAGCGUUUUCUUUAAUAUGCGCAAAAGUCGAAGAGUUUAUUGAAAUGCAAAAUGGCAAAAUCGGUGCCAUGGCAAUGGGCAAGUGCGGCAUGACCCUUCGGCUGAUCGUACCCGCGUCUCAGUGCGGUUCGUUGAUCGGCAAAGGCGGUAACAAAAUCAAAGAGAUCCGCGAAGCCACUGGCGCACAGAUCCAAGUCGCCUCGGACGUCUUGCCGCAGUCCACGGAAAGAGCGGUCACACUGACCGGCACGAGGGAUGCGAUCACUCAAUGCAUAUUCCACAUAUGCGCUGUAAUGAUCGAGUCUCCUCCCAAGGGCGUCACGAUACCGUACCGCGCCAAGCCGCAGAUGGGAGCUCCGGUCAUUCUGGCCGGCGGACAAGCUUACACCCUGGCAAAUGCGGGCUCAGCGGCCGGAUGUGACGUCGGCACUAUGAUGGUGGGCGGAGGACCCUACAACGCACCCAUGCUUAUGGUUCCACCGUCACCUGGCGCCGCGGCUAGCCUGGGCCUCAUCGACCCUCUGGACUAUCCGCUGCUUAAAAACGCUUUCGGACCUUCACAACUGGGAAAAUUGACCGGCAACCCUUUGGCCGGUCUAGCAGCGCUGGGACUCGGAGGUUUAGGCGGACCUGCCAACUCGUUCAAUCCAGCGGCCCUAGCCGCUCUGGCCGGAAGUCAGCUGAGAACCAACGGUACCGGAAACAACAUGAACGGCAGAUCCGGAGGCAACCAGCAGACGCACGAGAUGACUGUGCCCAACGACCUGAUCGGAUGCAUCAUCGGCAAAGGCGGUACCAAAAUAGCCGAAAUCAGGCAAAUCAGCGGGGCCAUGAUACGCAUAUCAAACUGCGAGGACCGCGAAGGAAGCUCCAGCACCACGGACCGCACCAUCACGAUAUCCGGCAACCCUGACUCGGUGUCGCUGGCCCAGUACUUGAUCAACAUGAGGAUAUCUAUGGAAACCGCAGGACUGGCCAUGCACGGCUAUCAUUACUUGUCGCCCAACCACAUUGUCAAAUCUCAAAUCCAUUAAGUUGGCAUGCAAAUAAGGUUCACGUUUGCAAUAAACUCGGGCAUUUAAGUCGUACAACAACGAUACUCGACCAAAUCAAAAUGUUGAUCAUCAGGAUUUCCAAAAAUUAAAAAAGUAAAACAAUAUUUUUACACUUUCAGUAACGACAACACGGCAUUUUUUGCCGACUUUAAUCAAAUAUUAUGGCAUUAUCGUUCCGGUAGUUCUAAUAACAAAAUAGUUAUAAGCAACUUUUUUUUUUUAUGCAUAGUAUAUUUUUUAAUCAUAACAAAAAAAAAAAUACAAACUAUUAUACUCGAUUUUUCAUGGUAUUCCUCCUAUUAGUGUCUUAGUGUCAACUCGACUAAUUAAAAUAAAAAACAAAUUACUACUUUUUAUAACAUGAAAUUCAAACAUUGGUACAGUUAUAAAUCGAUUACACGGGUCAGGCCAAUAAAUCAAGGCCGUAAAAAUCAUAUUUUUAAAACAUUAAAAAAUAUUUUUAGUUUGUAAAACUUUUAAUAGCCUAUUGUUUUUUAGAUUUAUAUUUUUCCACGAUGUGAAUUAUGUAGUCAUAAUUUUUUUUUCUUAAUUAGCGCCUCACGCAGCAAUAAUAUAUUUCAAAGAUAUUUUAAACAUUGUCAAAAUGUUUUGGUAGAAAAACAAAAUAUAAUAAUCAAACGAUGGAUUCGACAAUAUUACACACUUGAAUUGUAUAAUUUUCAAAAAACCCAACAAACAUUGAGCUCAUAAAAUUUUCCACCAAACCUCAGCAUUAAACGUUUAGAGCUGGCAUAAAAAUAAUUAUGAUUUUUAAAUAAAGAUACAAAAUAUUACGCAUAGAUUUUCUAAAAAAAAAAUACUAAACAAAUUUCUUGAAAGUAGUAUUUUAAUAUUACUGUAAUUUUACCUGAUAGUGUUUUUCGAGGAAAAACGAUUUUUGAUAGGUUUGUCUUAGCGAUUAAAUGUUAUUGUAAAACUUACCUUUUUUUUAUUUGUCCAACUUCCAACUUUAGACACAAAAUUCAUAAUAUGUUAAAUUAAAAAUGUCGAAACAGUUAUUUUACGUGAAAAAAAUUGUAAAUAGCAUGCUAAGUACGAUUUUGUUCCCCUAAUAUGACCAAUGUUUGUACAACAAUAUACCUACCUGUAUUAGGUUCUUUAGCAGGUCUAUUCUUAAAUUUUGCUGUGUGUGGUUGGCAACACUGUAAACUAAGUAUUGAGUUGAUCGGUGUACCUAUUUAUAUGAAAAAAAUAAUAGAUACAUAGUUCACGUCUUAUUAUGAAAACAUCAUCUUGUAAAUAAAAAUAAAUAGAUUGUUAUUAUAAUAGCGGACGAAAGCAAUACGUUUUUUUUUUAAAUUUAUUUUAUAGUCGAUAGCUGUUUUUAAUAUUAUUAUUAUUUUAAAUAAAGUUAAUCGUUUAUAAUAUAAUAAUAAUUCUAUCUUAAGCGUGUGCAAUGCAAUACCAAUAAGUUAAUCAACAUCAAAUCGUAUACAGGGUGUGAACAAUCUGUUAUAUUUUAAGACAGUGGUCACUUGUACUGCGUGUCAAUAUUCCUACCAUCGCCAAUAGUCAUCACCCUGUAUGUAAAAUAAUAUUUAUAUUAAAAUCUAUAUAUAAUGUACAUAUAUUAUAUUAUAUCAAUCGACCAACGUUGUGUAAUGUUCAUUUUUUAUUCAUUAAUUAUAUAUACUUAAAAAAAAAUAACUAUAAUAUAUUAUUAUUAGUAUAAAAAAAUCGCGUAGGGCGGUAUCUAGAAUUGUUUUUUAUAAUAAUUUUUGAUUUAUUAAAAUUAUAACAUUAAUAUAACUAUGUAUAGAGAAUUACAUUAUAUGAUAUAAUAAUAAUGUAAGCGCUUAGCGAUGUGCCAGUUGUAAUAAUAAACUAUUAUCUAUCAUAUUCGAAUGGGCUAUUUAGCAGUGAUAAAAAAAAAUAACUUAUAUAAAAAUAAAAUCAAAGGGAAAGUUGUCGGUUAUGCCAAAACUAUCUAAAAAGUGAACUCAUGUGCCAAAUAAAAAUAUGUACUUAUUAUUUAUUGUAAUAAUACCGUCAUUAUUAUAGCGUGUGCCAAAUAUUAAUCUAAUAAUCUAAAAGGUAAUCUUAAAGGAUUAUAAAGUAAAGACGUGAAAUACACCAAAUCUAUGUAGCUUUACAUAAUUUUCCCCUCGAAUAGAUGUUUUGAACCACUAAUUUCGCACUAUUGUAAUUAUACACAAAAUUCCUUAAUAACUACACCUAAUAAGAGUAAAAAAUAAAACACUAUUUCAACACCAAAUGGCAAUUUUGUAAGUAUACAUUAUAUGCAUUUAUACAGAGUGUCCCGUUAAGUUAUACUGAGCUUCAAAAUAUUAUGAUCCUUUCAGAAUAGUUUAAAACCUCAAAAGUGACGUUAGGUUAUGCUGGUAUGCUUGGUUGUGAGGAAAUGUUAUACCAACCAAACGUGAAAAAAAGUUGUUAGGUUAGGUUUGGUAACUCGUUUUAGGGCCAUCAUUGCACCUUUACAACCUAAUAUUAGUUUUUUGGAGUUGUCAUUCAAAUGAUCUUUUAUUAUCAUUUACUCUUUGUUCAAUAACUAAAAUAAAAUACAUUUUUUUAAGUGUUGUAUUUUUGAUUUUGGCUAUUAUUAAUACUGUUGAAUCCUAGAAAGAAUUUUUUUUUGUUAUGUUUACCCAGUGUCUACCAUGUUUUUUUUAUUUUGAGGCUUCUAAAAAACAAUUCGGAUUACCUACCUAAAUCGUCACAUAUAUUGAAGCUGGGUGUAACGACCCGAGAAACCCAUUAUAUUAAUAAAUUAAACUGAUAAUUAGUAACGAUAGAGGGUAGGUAUAUGCCUUCGGUGGCAGAGGUAAAGGUCGGUGAUUCAAAGGGGUAAAAAAAAAAAAUCAAAAAAACUAACUAAGUUUUUCUUUUGUCGAGUG